UCUAGCGGUGCCUGGGGAGUGCAGCUCGGCAGGCAGCAGCGGUGACAGGGGCCUGCAUCAGAGCCCGGCCCUUUAAGGGCCUCUGAUGAGCUAUAUCAGCCCCACCUGCAGGGGCCUGAGCAACUCCUAGCAGCCCAGCAGGACAGAGAGGAUGCAGGAGAUCAUUGCAGGGCUGGAGCAGCUCACCUUCACCUUCGAGAAGGAUGUACGGAUGCAAAAGGGCACUGGACUCCUGCCUUUCCAGGGCAUGGACAAGUCAAGCUCAGCUGUGUGCAACUUCUUCGCUAAAGGGCUCUGCGAGAAAGGGAAGCUGUGCCCCUGCCGGCAUGACCGAGGGGAGAAGAUGGUGGUGUGUAAACACUGGCUCCGGGGGCUGUGCAAGAAGGGUGACCAGUGCAAGUUCCUGCACCAGUACGACGUCACCAGGAUGCCUGAGUGCUACUUCUACUCCAAGUUCGGUGAUUGCAGCAACAAGGAAUGCUCCUUUCUCCACGUGAAGCCAGCCUUCAAGACCCGGGACUGUCCGUGGUAUGACCAAGGUUUCUGCAAGGAUGGUCCCCUAUGUAAAUACCGCCACGUCCACAGGAUAAUGUGUAUCAACUACUUAGCUGGCUUCUGCCCCGAGGGACCCGAAUGCCGAUUUGCGCACGGCAUCGCUGAUAGCGGGUGGGAAGCCACCGUCAUCCUGGGGGAGUUCACACGCCCGGUUCUCACCUCCAUCCAAAGAGGGAGUGUGCAGUGCUUCCUCUUGGCUUUGCUUUAUCUGCAGCUUGUCCACCAGCCAGCGGGUUCAGCACCUUCCGCUUCUGCCUGGGAAGCCGGCAAGCCCCCUUCCCCGACAGAGGGUCAGCUUCUUCACCCUCAGAUGAGGUCACAGGAGCCGCUGGUCACCUACUGCCUGGGGCUCAGGGCACUGGAGCAGGGCCCGUGCUGCAGGACGGUUCUGGGUGCCCUGCGGCACUUCCUGUGCACAGGGCCUCGGCUGCUGUAA